AUGAUCCUGUCUACUGCUGCAUCCUCGCGUGCUCGUCAUUAUGGUGCUUCUCGGAUGCUGACGAUGCGUCGUUGCCGAGGGCUCGCUACGCAAAAGACGUUUGAUAAUCAAUCCAAGCUACCUAGAUUACCUGUUCCAGACUUGGAGGCAACAGCUGAGCGUUAUAAGCGUAGUCUACUUCCAUUACUUAAUCAACAAGAAUAUCAACAAGCGAGUGCCAAAGUGGAUCGUUUUGUGAACAGUGAUUUGGGGAAAACGUUGCAGGAACGUCUUUAUGCUCUCGAUAAGCGUGAAGCAGCAUUGGGUCUUUCAUGGAUCGAUAGGCUUUGGCUGGAUAAAGGAUAUCUCGAAUACCGAGCACCGAGCAUGAUUAAUGUCAAUUGGUGGAACCAGUUCCAAGACCCACCUCAGGGCUUAAGUCAACAAGUUCCCCUUGGUAUGGCAAGUGAAGCUCAAUUGCAACGAUCAGCAGGCCUCAUUACGGAAUUGGUAAAGUACUCCAACAGAAUCAACGAGCAAGCUAUCCCACCCGACGUUACACGUUCAGGCCCCUUUUGCAUGCAUCAACUCAAAGGCAUUUUUGGUACAAGCCGUAUUGCACGUAUGCCAAAGGACACUCUCAUUACAUCAUGGCCUGCUACUGCACAACACGUGGUGGUCAUGUACAAGGAUCAAUUUUUCAAGGUGCCUGUAUUUGAUGGAAAGGGUCACGUGCUAUCCUUGAAUGCUAUGCAAAAUCAGCUUCAUAACGUCGUAUCUCAGGUCGAUCAUGCAGCGGCCGAGCAAUUGCAACCACCUGUCGGCAUCAUGACCAGCGAAAACCGAGAUACAUGGGCCAAAGUCCGCCAAAAGCUUGAGUCUAAUGCCAUCAACACCGACACCCUUCACGCCAUUGAUACGUCCUUGUUUGUCGUGUGUCUGGACUAUUACAGCUCACCCGAUAACAUUGAUAAGAGUCAUCGUAACAUGUUCCAUGGCCAAGAAGCACGUAAUCGCUGGUUUGAUAAAUCUAUCCAACUCAUUGUGGAGAACAAUGGUCGUGCAGGUGUCAACGGCGAGCACUCCCCAGUCGAUGCUAUUAUUCCAUUCAAUGCAUUUAACCAUGUGCUCCAGCAUGAGGAAAAGAUCUAUAUCAACCCUGGUGGACAAGGCGAUGGCACAAUCGAAUCACCCACAUGGCUUACAUGGAAUAUUGAUAUUGAGACCGGUGAUGCGUUACGUGAGGCACAAUCCAAUGCUGCCAACUUGAUCAAUGAUAUGGACAGCUUGUUGUUACAAUACUCUGGUUAUGGUUCCAACUUUAUGAAAAAGGCCAAAAGCAGCCCUGAUGGAUGGAUGCAAAUGGUCUAUCAGCUCGCCUAUUAUCGUCAAUACGGCAAACCAUGCCCUACUUACGAAUCUGCAUCCACUCGCAAGUUUUUGACAGGUCGUACUGAAACGGUGCGUUCAUGUUCUGUUGACACGGUAGCAUUCACCAAGGCUUGGGAAGAUAAAGAUGUCAAGAUGACCGAUAAGCUUGCAUUGUUGCAAAAAGCGAUUACUUCUCAUAUGGAAUACAUGAAAGCAGCUAGCAAUGGUACGGGCGUCGAUCGUCAUUUGCUUGGCUUGCGUUGUCACAUGACCCCUGAAGAAGCCAAGUUGGAUGACGCUGCCAUGUUUUCAGAUCCAUCUUUUGCCGGGUCACAGUAUUGGCUUUUAUCUACCUCCAAUAUCUCUCCUGGGGAUUAUUCUCAUGGCGGCUUUGGUGCUGUCGUGCCUGAAGGUUAUGGUCUCGCCUAUGCUAUCAGCAAAGAAUCAUCUAAAACCACCAUUUCAUCAUGGCAUCAUUAUACCGGUACCGAUUCAGCAACAUUUAGAAAGACUAUUCGAGAUGUAUUGGAUGAAUUUGGAGACGUUGCAGAGAGGUAUCUUAUUCAACAAUAA